GAAAGCAAGUCAUUUGAGGGGUGUGCAUCAAGUGGGUGCUUCGAAAUCAAAGUUCUCAGGAGAGUUAGAAACACAAAACUGGUAACGUUCGAUUUUUAUUUUAUUUUGGAAAUGUUCCAAGCGCAAGGUAGAACAACAAGCAAGUUAAAUACACUUAAAACGAAGUUGUGAACUUUUGUUCUUUUUUUUUCGCGUUUUCAGAAAUUAUAUCAGCAAACUUUAAUAUUUUAUUAAAUUAAGGGAAAGAGGUUCUAAUUAAUUUGGAACUUUAUCAGCUACAAAUAUUUCCCAUUAAUGCUAAAUAAUGAAAGAGCAUAUUAUAUGAAGCAUAGUUAUAUUCAACAUACAAAAGCAUUUAAUUGAAAAGGUAACUCUAAGGUAACGAAAAACAUUUCCAUUUUUCAUUUAAUAUAAUUUAGAGUACAUUUUUUGAAAACUUAGGAAUUUAUAUACAUAAGUUCUAAAGAAGAUAAAUCUGUGUAGAAAACGAAAUGAAAGAUGAAAAUAAGAAUUAAAAAAGGGUAAAAUGUUGAACAAAAUGUGCAAUGAUAGAAUUUUAACAGGACAGAUUAAAACUGGAUUUUAUUUCCAUGGACGUCACCGAAGUCGAAUGUCUUAGUCAAAAGAUAAUGCAUGCAACUACAAAGCAUAGUUAUGUAUUUUAAAGGUAAAUCUUGUAAAGAAAUUAAUGCACCUGAAUAGUUCAAAAAUAAUUUAAGAUACCACUAGCAGGUAUAGCCACCUGAAGAUUUUAUGAAGCUUGUUUUAUAUUUGAAAAUACAGCGUUUACCUAUCGAACUUGAACCGUAAACCAAUUUAAGAAGAUCAGAGAACAAUAUUAUGGGAAAAUAACAGCGAUGACUCAAACAUACUGAAAGUUUGAAGACGUGUAACUUUGCAAAGGAAAUGCGGUGUUGAUUAAUUAUAAUAACCCUCUAUAAAUCGAAGAAACAAGAACUUAGGGUGCUGAUUUAUAAUGGAAAAAUUAGUUUUAAAAUAGUUUUGAAAGUUUUCUAACUAAUAACUUUAUCAAAAAGCUAAAUAUUUUAUACAUGGUAUCAACAUAUCAUUAAAGCUACUAUAAAUUUGUAUUAUUAUUUUUCUAUAAUAUUUUCAUGACAACUCGUUAUCUAAGAGCUUGUUUUAAGAAAAAUCACACGACAAAUGUUUUCCUCCGGAACUAAUUCUCAUGUAAUAAUUAGAAUAAGAAAACCUUAAUCCAAAUAUUUCUGAGAAGGUUUUGAAAUACUGACUUACUAAUCUGAAUUAAGUUCAAGAAUAAUCAUGGAAGAUUUUCAAAAUACCACCAAUAUUACUUACACUUCUGAAGAGCUAUUCCAGUCAUUGGAAGCCCUAGGACCAAAAAUGCAGAUUUUCCUGAUAAUACUCUACUCAUUCACAGCUCUCCUGGCUCUUGGUGGUAAUGCUACUGUAAUUGUAGUUUUAUUGCUUGGAAAACGAUCAUCGAGAGAACUAAGAACAUUUCUUGUAAACUUGGCAGUGUCUGAUGUAUGCAUGGCUCUUUUCUCAAUCCCUUUCACUUAUACUGACUUUAUGCUUGGACGAUGGAUAUUUCAUCCGAUGUUUUGCCCUUUCGUUCAGUUCAUGCAGCACGUUUCUGUCAUCGCAAGUGUGUAUACCUUGACGGUAAUUGGUCUAGACAGGUAUUAUGCGAUCAUGUAUCCAUUGAGUUUACGUUGGACAAAAUCUCGAGGUCCACUCAUAAUGAUAGCCAUAUGGAUAGCAGCUUUCAGUCUCUCUACGUUCCAGUUAAUCCAUGGAAAAGCUGAAAAGUUUAGUGUCAGAGGACAAGAAUUUUACGACUGCACUGAAGUUUGGGAAGAACUCGACGGCAAGGUUUACACAGCCCUGGUGUUCGUUAUCACCUUCGUCCUGCCCAUGUUAGUUCUUACUUUCACGUAUAGUAGCAUUGGGUGGAAGAUGUGGAGACAUACGUCUCCUGGCAAUGCCGAUGCUUCUCGUGAUCAUCAGCAGCUCAUGGCCAAGAUGAAAGUGGUGAAAAUGAUGGCAACAGUGGUGAUACUCUUUGCCGUAUGUUGGCUCCCAAUCCACAUAUUCAAUUUGUUGAUCUAUUUCGAUCGCUCCCUUGUUAUGCCUCAGUCAGAUUCGGACUUCAUGAACUUCACGGCUGCUUUCUUUUCUUGCCACUGGAUAUCAAUGGCCAACAGCUUUGCCAAUCCCAUCAUAUAUUGCUUUAUGAGCGAGAAUUUCAGAGCAGAUUUGAAACAACUGAUAUUUUGCUGUUGCUGCUCAGGCCGCCCACAUCCAAGGGGUAGACGUCUGAAGAACCACAUUGACCACAGCUCAUUUCGAACGACAACACUUGUACUGUCUUCGUGUUCGGUUAAGCAUGCACCAGGUUCCAUUCCGUUGAGAAGUAUGCAUGUCGAUAUGUAUCCCAAGUGAUCAUUUGAAAAUUCUAUGUUGCAAUGCAAUGUUUAAUUAAUCACUCGAAAUUUUACUAUUAUUAAUUUAUGCCAAGUAUUUUCUUGGAAUCUGAAAGACAAAUAAUAAAGUCAUUUCUUAAAAAACUUUCACUUUGAUGUGUGCACAAGAUAUCACCUGAAAAUCAUGAUUACGAUUUGUGUUUCAAGUAUUAUUUUAAACCUGUCCUAUAUAUAACUAGCUUUUAUUUGUUGUAAGCAUUAUAUACUUUUAUCUGUAAUAAAAAUUUUAUUUUUUGUGCCUGUGAAA